AUGGAUUUGUUCCUGAUUGGAUAUAUGAUGUGUGUGUGGUUGUCCAGCUGGCGGGUGCUUGGAGGCUAUCCCAUCUGGUGGUCCCUAGCGCUGGGGCAGCAGUACUCGUCUCUGGGCUCCCAACCCAUUCUGUGCGGCUCCAUCCCUGGCCUGGUGCCAAAGCAGCUGCGCUUCUGUCGCAACUACAUCGAGAUCAUGCCCAGCGUGGCCGAGGGCGUGAAGCUGGGCAUCCAGGAGUGCCAGCACCAGUUCAGGGGCCGGCGUUGGAACUGUACCACCAUCAAGGACAACCUAGCCAUCUUCGGCCCUGUGCUGGACAAGGCGACCAGAGAGUCGGCGUUCGUCCACGCCGUCGCCUCAGCGGGAGUGGCGUUUGCUGUGACUCGGUCCUGCGCCGAGGGCACGUCCACCAUGUGUGGCUGUGACUCCCACCACAAGGGUCCCCCGGGGGAGGGCUGGAAGUGGGGCGGCUGCAGCGAGGACGCCGAGUUCGGGGUGCUGGUGUCCAGAGAGUUUGCCGAUGCCAGAGAGAACCGCCCCGACGCGCGCUCGGCUAUGAAUCGGCACAACAACGAAGCAGGGCGCACGACCAUCCUGGACCACAUGCACCUGCGCUGCAAAUGCCAUGGCCUGUCGGGCAGCUGCGAGGUGAAAACAUGCUGGUGGGCGCAGCCCGACUUCCGCAUGCUGGGCGACUACCUGAAGGACAAGUACGACAGCGCCUCGGAGAUGGUGGUGGAGAAGCACCGCGAGUCGCGCGGCUGGGUGGAGACGCUGCGCGCCAAGUACGCCUUCUUCAAGCACCCCACGGAGCGCGACCUGGUCUACUACGAGGGCUCGCCCAACUUCUGCGAGCCCAACCCGGAGACGGGCUCAUUCGGCACGCGCGACCGCGCCUGCAAUGUGUCCUCGCACGGCAUCGAGGGCUGCGACCUGCUCUGCUGCGGCAGGGGCCACAACACUCGGACUGAGAAGCGCAAGGAGAAGUGCCACUGCAUCUUCCACUGGUGCUGCUACGUCAGCUGCCAGGAGUGUGUGCGCGUCUACGACGUGCACACGUGCAAGUGA